ACAGUCUUGUGUCGUGUGGCAGUGUAGAUAAAGUCCUAUCUCGUUCCACUGGUGAUCUAGAGCACCCUUGCACGAGCACGGAGGUGACAAUCACGAAGAUUCUCUUAAAUCGACAAUGGGUUCCAAGUCGGCACUGGAUGGACUGACAACUGUCACCGUCGUAAGCUGCGACACUGGAGACUUCGACGCCAUGAAGAAGUACAAGCCGACGGAUGCAACAACCAAUCCAUCCCUCAUCUUUGCUGCCUCCAGCAUGCCAGCCUAUCAGCCACUUAUUGAUGAAGCAAUAGAGUAUGCUAAGGCUAAAGGAGGGAGCAUCAAUGAUCAGGUUGGAGAGGCCAUGGACAGGGUGUGCAUCAACUUUGGUUGUGAAAUCCUCAAGAUCAUCCCCGGCCGAGUGUCCACAGAGGUCGAUGCCAGGUUAUCUUUCGAUAAGGAUGCAAUGAUAGCCAAGGCUCAGAAACUCAUCCAGAUGUACAAGGAUUUGGGCAUCGACAAGGAAAGAAUUCUCAUCAAACUCUCCUCAACCUGGGAGGGUAUUGAGGCAGCCAGGUUCCUGGAGAAGAAGCAUGGGAUCCACUGCAACAUGACUCUCAUCUUCAACUUCCACCAGGCUGUAGCUUGUGGACAGGCUGAAGUCACCCUCAUAUCACCAUUUGUAGGCAGGAUAUUUGACUGGUAUGUCAAGAACGGUGAUAAGAAGACCUUCUCCAUGCUGGAAGAUCCUGGUGUCAAGAGUGUCACGAGAAUCUACAACUACUACAAGAAGUCUGGCUUCAAGACCGUUGUCAUGGGAGCUUCCUUCAGAAACGUUGACCAGAUUCUUGGCCUCGCUGGCUGUGAUCUACUCACCAUCUCGCCUUCACUUCUGGAAAAGUUGUCCAAUUCCACUGACCCAGUCCAGGUGUACCUUGACAAAAAAUCAGCACAAAAACUUGACAUUGAUGAAAUAAAUGUUGAUGAGAAGAUGUUCCGUUGGGAGAUGAACGAAGACCAGAUGUCAAAUGACAAACUCUCCGAGGGAAUUCGCCGAUUCACAGUGGAUGCAGUCAAACUGGAAAAUGAAUUGAAAGACAGAUUACUUUAAAACUCACGCAUAGCUUCCUCAUCAGACUCGCAUGGAGUAGGGGAAAUUAAUAUUCAAAUAACAUUGUCUUAUAACAUUAUGGCCACCAGGGUUUAAUGGCUUCAAUAUAUAGCAUUAAACAUGUUACUUGUACAAAAUGGAAUGAAUUUUGUCAUUCCACCCUAUAAACUCAUGUCUAUAAGAGGCCAUUUGAGGUGCUUUAUGUGAAGUAUGUUUGUUUUAACAGGCAGGACUUUUAAAUGCUUGGUUUACAGGUACACGAUAAGCAAUGCAGAGAAUGUCAAAUAUGAAAAGCUUUGUAAUUUUAUUUUAUUCAGUUGGGUUCAAUCUUAUUUGUUGUCAAAACCAAGUUGUGCAUAAAACUGGUUACACUGCUGGACCAGUGACACACACACACAAAUACUUACUUUCCACAAACCGGAAGUUGUUUGUAAAUCUGUAAAUUACAAAAUGGAAAAAAAUCUGGCCAAAGUUGUAUGACGUAGUGGUCUAUCCAGUGAAGAAAUCCUACAAUAUUGAUGCUUGCAGAUGCAGCUGCUAGUUUAGAUGUAGACUGUAUUUAUGACAGAAUUUUUAUGUUUUUUCUCGUGUGAUUGUUGUAAAGUUUCUUUGUUCAUGAAUUUAAAAAAUCAACUCAAGCAUUUCAAAAAAUGAUCUAUUUUAUUUUUAGUUUAUCAAUGUUAUUUGUUUUUUAUAACCAUACUUUAAAAUAUUUGUUGCCUUGUUUUCCAUGGAGCUUUCCUGUAUUGUCUCAUAAUCCCUAGCUUUGAUGUUAUAGCCAAUCACUGUGUUGCUAACUGACACAUGCUUCAGGAUUGCUGUAUGUUAUUGCACAUUCUCAAUAAACGCAAAAUCUGUUUUAACUAAGAAUACAAAGUUUGACAUGUUUAUUUUGUUUAGUCUUCCUGAUUCUUAUCUCUUACUUACAAAAUGUAUGUAUUUGCACGUAAUCACAAUCUCCUUAGUUUUGGCAUUUAUUUUUAUAUCAUUUUGACAGAAAAACGUUCAGUACGAAAACAUGUCUGUGUAGCGUGAGGAUGUCUUUUGCAAGAAGUGUAUGUCGGAACGAUUGAUGUAGUGUGAUGUACAUUUGUGUUUUGUAUAUUAUCGAGUUAUGUAUUUAUACAAUUCAUAAUGUGACACUGCCGCAGUCCCAACAUUUUGUAACAACUGACAUGGGUGUGUCUGAGGACAUUUCAAAGUUGUUUGGAGGAAUCUUUCUUGGGCAAUACUUCCAAUGAGUUUGUCAAUUUGGAGUAUUAAAAAACGUCAAUAUUC